CAGGAAGUCCUUUCUUUAGCUCGGCUGACUGCACAUGACUGUCAGCUGGUCUGCGUCACGUGACCAGAGCUUUGCGGAAAAACUAAACGAAAAUGGCAGGCUCGAGGAGCUCGAGUCAAGUGCGAUUAAUGGCUUUUAUUGGCGUUUUGUUCGCCCUUUUCGCUACGGGGAGCUCCACCGCUCAAGUGCCACUUCUAAUAUGGUCCAGUGACGGUUUACCACCACUGGCCUCAUCUUCAGCUGGUCACAUCACGUCAAAGGACCAGUUGACUGCCUACCUCACCUCUGCCUUUGGCUCCGGCCCCCACACCGUGCUGCUGUUUCUACAAGACAAGCUGAGCAAAGAUGACUUCACAGUCUACGGUGGAGCUUUUGGAAACAAGCAGGAUAGCGCCUUUCAAAACCUUGAGGCCGCGCUGCAGUCUUCUUCCUCGUCGGUGACGCUCCCGGCUUUAGAGUGGUCGAGCUCCACGGCCAUCCUGUCUCUGCUGCAGGAGAAGCUCGGUGUGUCGCCUUUGCUCGUAGACGCCGACACUCUGUCGCAUCUCAGCAUCAACACAUCCGCCAGCAAUCUGCUGCUCAUCAAUCUUCCUUAUUGCACUGGGUCGCAAAAGUCUUGCAAGGAAGUCCUACAUGACAAUGAUGAAACCAUCGGGAAAGUUCUGAAUAUGAUGAAAGCCAAAAAUGUCCCGUACACGGCGAUAUACACAGGACUCCAGCCAUCACGAGUGAUUUCAGAGACUUCUGUGUCUAACCAGCCUGUGGGCCGCUCCUUGCUCCAAGCAGCUGAAACAACUGUCAAACCACCGAUCAUGUUCAAUAUGUCCGGUAGCACUUGCAUAAUGCUCUGGGCUCAGAAUCUCAGUAUCAGCACCAAUAGCACUUGGGUGGACCUUGCUACACAAACACCUUCCCUGUCAGGAUCCAUGUGUAACACCAGUAACUCACUGCUUAUCCUCAGUUAUUCUUCAGGUAUUACUCUGAGGUUUGCCAUGAGUCAGCGCUUGUAUCCCGUGUCUGCACGGAACUGGUUCACCCUGGACUCUGUGGAGCUACAGUUUGGCGGUCAGACCGCGUCUUUCAUCGGGAGCCGCGGCAUCUACGCCCCGGCGGAGUAUUCCUUCCACUGCCAGUCGGUCAACAGCUUCCAAGAUGCUCUGCUAGUGCCAAACAACACCAACCAAAACACAACACAGUGGAGGCUCAAUUUUGUUGACUUCCAGAUUCAAGGCUUCGGUUUGUCCAACGGAACAAAUUUCUCCUACGCCAGCGACUGUGCAGGCUUCUUCACCCCAGGGAUCUGGAUGGGGCUGCUGACUUCUCUGCUCAUGUUGUAUAUUUUCGUGUACGGUCUGCACAUGAUCAUGCAGCUCAACACCAUGGAUCGAUUCGACGACCCCAAAGGUCCGUCGAUUUCAGUGCCUCAAACGGAGUGAAACGCUCCCAAAACACACACACACUCCUCAUUCCUUCAGUGCCUCCCAGGAGAAGCCUCCUCGUCAUCUUUGGUUUUGCAACACUUCGGCCUUCUUCCUUUUAAGAUAUUUGUCAAGGCACAUCACCCUUUCCUCUGGUAUUCUAUCCUGCAGUUUUCUUUCCUGAAUCCUCCCACAGCUGUCUUCGGAAUACUGUUUUUCUCGCAAGGCAUAUUCCAUUUUCAUCUCCCUACAUUUGCAAGUGCCAAAACGGAUACACCUUUUAAUAUCUGAGUUGAAUUUUGAGUGCAUGUGUGAAAAGAGUUCAUGUCUUUUGUGCCACGGUUUGUCAAACACAGUGGAUAUUUUUCUUAAAAUAAAUUGCACUCUUGCCAGAGAAUGCCUUCCGUGCCAAGGUGAAUGUGAUUGCUGGAUGCUGUAGGACCGUUUCAGACCUCAGUUCUUGACUUUUUAAUUUCUCCAAACUCAACUGUAAUUUUAAGACUACUGGUAAUGAAAGAAGUGCCUGUAUAUAAAGAGCUGAUUUGUGACUGUGUUCUGAAAUAUUGCUGUUUUGGAGUUGCCUAAUAGAAGUACGCUAAUACUUUAUGUUGACUUAAGUUCUGUUCACAUUUCUCACGGUUCAAUCAAUACAUAAGUGCUACCACUGCAACCCAAUGUUUUCCUAACUUAUUUAUAUGUAUAAAAAGAAUAACCUGCCUUUUGAAAGUUUACUUCAGGUUCAUCAACAUACAUGGCAGUGAUUCGGUUCUGCUUUUGUCAAACUUAUUGAUGUACAAUUGCCACGACAUGUCUUUAGUUGCAAAUAAAGAUAUCUUUAAACUA